UCAGCCGGCGGCGCGGCGAAGGGGGCUGCGUGUUUCCGGAAGACGUGGCCGUCGCCGGUUCUGUUCCCUGCUCUCGGUACCCGUUGCUCCCGGUCCUGUCGCCGCUAUGAUUUCCCUCUCCGACACCCAGAAGAUUGGAAUGGGACUAACAGGCUUUGGAGUGUUUUUCCUUUUCUUUGGAAUGAUACUCUUCUUUGACAAAGCUCUUUUGGCUAUUGGAAAUGUUUUGUUUGUGGCUGGCUUAUCUUUUGUUAUUGGUUUAGAAAGAACAUUUAGAUUCUUCUUUCAAAAACACAAAAUGAAAGCAACGGGCUUUUUCCUUGGUGGUGUCCUCAUAGUUCUUGUUGGUUGGCCUUUAAUAGGAAUGAUCCUUGAAAUUUAUGGAUUCUUCCUGUUAUUCAGGGGGUUCUUUCCUGUGGUGGUUGGUUUUAUUAGAAGAGUUCCAGUUCUUGGCUAUCUCUUGAAUUUACCUGGUAUAAGCUCGCUUGUAGAUAAAGUUGGAGAAAGCAACAACAUGGUAUAAUGACAAGAGGGCAGAAGACUGAUUCUAAAUUUACCGUAUUAUUUAUAAAGUCCUUUUGAAGAUUACUCAGCACAAAGAUUUAAGUUGUGUACAAAGGAAAAGCGUGUUACAUUCUUUACAUAACAGUUUAAUUUAAAAUGUAUAGUCAACAAUAUACAUUAGAAAAGAAGCUCAGCAAGUAUGCUUCUAGGAAAAUAACUGCAGAGUUCAGGAAGUAAACUGAAGAGAUGAAAGUCAUGGAAUAACCCAUGCUGCAACUGUGCAAGACUCUUUCUGUUGGUUUGGGAAAACAUGCUAGAGGCAGUGAACCCCUGUGGAAUUAAUGGUGCCUGUACUUUGCCUUCUUAUUUUGGAGGUGCAGUAGAGCAAACAGGCCUACAUGUUUAAGGGUGACCCAAACUUACCCAGCCCUCUCCUUGCUAUCCUCAGAGUGCAAAAGAAAACCAAACGGAAAACUUCUUGUGUAACAAGAGAUACGUCUUUGCAUGAAGGUUCAGAUGACUGUUGAACUUUAAAUGUGUUAUGACAAAAAAGGAAGCCCUACAUGGUUCUGUUAUAAACAUUUCUGUAAAUAUGUGGCUGAGAUAAAACAUUAUCUUAAUGUUUCAAAGCCAAAUGUAAGUUGAUUGUAUUUUCCUUCCAUUUUGGGAUAUGCAGAAGAUCAAUCUUCAGUCUUAAAAGUUGGUUCUAAACAUUUAGAGCUCAACUGGGAACUCUGGAAACUGACUUACACUCCUUCCAGUUUGUUCUCCUCUAGUCUUGUUACAUGUGCAUCUGGAGGAGAAUGUAGCCCUUUGUCAUUAACAUGAAAACUUGGUGAAAUAUGCUUAAUUUACAAAAUGCAUUUGAUUAAGGUGCUGACAUGAACCCUGUGAAAUGUAUCUUAUGAAAAAUUGAACCUUUGUUUUUAGGUAGUUUGAAGCUAAGGUUUUUUUGUUUACUCUGGAACCACAAAUUGACUUAUUUUUUACAGUAAUAAAAUGAAAACUUAAAAUUUCUGUGUAUGUGAGUCUCUGGGGCAAAGAUUGAACUAAUGGGGCUAACUAAAGAUCAAGUGCCAAGCUUCAUAUGUUUUGUAACUUGUUGCUCGGGCUGUCUUCAGAUAACUUUAAACUUCUAUCAGCCACAGCAACAACUUUGUUCUGACAGAAUUUCAUAGCUAACAUGGAAUACAUGUCACCUACUAAAUGCAAGGGCUGCAUUUCUGCUUCCAUUCGAAUGUUAAACAUGGUGCACUUUCAGUAGAUUUAGUUUAUGUAAUCACUUCACCUAACAAAACAUGAUCAUUAAGUAAAUGUAUUUGUGCAGGCUUUGGGGGUUUCUUUUGUGUUUAACUUUCUUUUUCCUUAAAUGUAAUCCUAAAAGAAUUACCAGAAUGCAGUGGUAGUAUUUCAGGUAGCUAUGUAGCCUUAAAGGUGUAAUGACUGGGUUUUGGUGGGGUUUUCUUUUCGGUUGUAGGUGGUUUUGUUCCUCUCCUCCCCACCACCUUUAUUAUGCAGUUAAAGUUGGUAUUUUCCAAAAUAACUUUUAAGAAGAAUCUUCAUACACCAACUUUUUUGAAGGUUGCUAUGAAGUUUAUUUCUGUGAGACCUAUUUAAAUGACAGCUGUAUAAAUAGCCACAAUCUACCAUUCCCAAUGUUUAAUUUGCUUCCUUCUCCAACAGGCACAAAAUGAUUCGGUAAAAAAAUACCAUUAUACUUAAAAUUAAUAACGUGAAAAAAUAGUGGGUUUAUUUUUUAAUAAUGUUUUAAAAUAUCUGUAUUUGUCUGAUGGCAUGUGUAUUACGGUUUACAGACAGGACUUGUGGCUUCUACCUCAACAGAUAAACCAAUUUUAACUGCUCCUUUAGAUCUGUUGUGUGUUAAAAUGGCUAGAGAAUAACACUACAGCAGUUUAGCAAGUUCCUCUUGUUUGCUCUGGUAGAACACUAGUCUACUGUGGGAAUCAAGUACUGUUUAAAGCGGACAGUGUUCAUCACUCAGUGUUAGAAAUUAGCUAUCCAAAGCUUUUUGUUCUUGCCUUUUGAGAAGUAAUGUGAUGAGAAAGGUGGAUUGCACAACAUGACUAUGGAGCCCUGACUGAAAGCAAAUUGCUUGGGAAGUUGAAGUAUCUUCAUCAACAAGAAAGCUGAUGGUAUCUCUCAGAGGUGAUGAAUGUGUUGCUGUCAAUGAGCUUUUAGACCUCUGAAGUGCUGGGAUGUAGGCAAUUCAUCUCGCUUAUGUUUAACUCAUUCUUUUAAAACAAAAGUCAGUUUUUGUCAGAUGUGAACUGUUGUGAAAAGCAUCUGAGGGAGCAAAAUUGUAUGUUGAAUUUAGCACAGUCUUUAUCUCUGAAGAUAACGUUGUCUUUGAAGCAAUUUUGCCAAGAUAAAUGUGGGUGGCAGCAAAGGUCAAAACAACUUAGCCUUAAAGUGUUUCUGUCAUUGUAAAAAUAUCUAUCAGAAACAAUCUUGGAACGUUCCCCCUUUUAAUGUAAUUUAUAAUUGCUGCUUUAAAAAUCAUAAGAUGGAUCUUACUCUGAGGAAAUGAAUACUGUAAAUAUCCUUGUCAUACCUUGAAUAAAUGGGUACCUUUUUUAUCAUUUUUA